AUGCACAUCGAAGUACAAGUCGCUCUUAAUUUUGUCAUCAGUUAUCUCUAUAAUAAAUUACCCAGAAGACGAGUCAACAUAUUUGGAGAAGAACUAGAAAAAGCAUUGAAAGACAAAUUUCAGGGUCACUGGUAUCCGGAAAGACCGUUCAAAGGUUCCGCAUAUAGAUGUUUGAAAACCGGGGAUCCAGUUGAUGCCGUUUUGGAUAGAGCAGCGAGAGAAAGUGGUAUACCCAUUCAAGACAUAUUAGAAAAUCUUCCUGAAGAAUUAGCCGUUUGGGUAGAUCCGGGAGAAGUCAGUUACAGGAUCGGUGAAAAGGGAGCCGUUAAAUUAUUGUACAGCGAAUCCGCGGAUCUUCACGAUGACAAUUCCGCCGAUCGAGAAGUAACGAAAACGUUCAAUCCGGAAGCCCAAUGUUUCAGACCCAUCGACACAGUCGGUUCGAGCAUGGGUAAUUUGUCUUUGGCUCCGACGAAGCCUUCGUCCCCAUUCAGUCACUUACUACUGCCACCGGUACUUUCGGGUUCUUUAAAUAAUCCUCCUGGAUCCUCCAUUUCGACUUUAUCGGCACAUUCUUCACCGACUUCCACACCCUUUAAAUGCUCAACGAGUCCGGUGCCGACAUUUAUACCGAGAUCAACAGCUCCUUUAACUUUCACCACUGCAACAUUUGCACAAACAAAAUUUGGAAGUACUAAGUUAAAAACGAGCAGCAAAAGAGCAAACAGAAUGUCACCAACGGAAUUUUCAAACUAUAUAAAACAACGUGCAAUGCAGCAACAAAUUCAUCACCAUCAUUCAUCUCAAACAUCUCCAUCCGGGAGAGCCUUAUCACCAAACAUGCAAGGUCAUUAUGGAGCAUCACCAGAUAAUUAUUAUUACACUGCAAAUCAAGGCCAGUAUCAUCCUCAACCACCUUUUGGACAUCGAAAUCUUUUCGACAAUUCUCAAUACAUGCCAGAAGUUUAUAACAACAACAACAAAUUCCAAGGAUGGGAUCGUAUAAAUAAUCCUUACGUAUCUCCUUCGUCUCCAAAUCAGCAAAACCUAACCGUUAACACCGGAAAUAACAACGGUUUGAACAAUUUUGGUUUGACCACGCCAUACACUGCCGGUCAGUAUCAACAUCUUUUAAUGGCAAAUUAA